AUGUCAAAGAAGAAAUCCAAGAACCAAAAGAAGAAAUUUUUUGCUCAUCCCAAGAACCGAAACAUUGUAUUCAAGAAGAAGAAAGGGCCAUGUCUACUAUUCGGAGAAAGAGAGAAAGGCCAAAUUAAGUCACGUUUCUUCGCUUGCGCUGUGCAUAGGUCAGAUACUUCUGCGUGUCCCUUCAAGGCGAUAGUGGAUGACGAUUUCAACAUUGUCAGGGAAGAAGCAGGACCGAGCAACUGUAGGAACGAUGAGACUACCAAAUGCAAAUCUGAAGGCGUUCGCUAUGGGUGCAUUCCUAAGAAAUUGAAGGCAAUUCCAAAAUCUUCUGUGCUCGUCUUCUGUCACGAAUGCAUAGAUGUUUUUGAAACAAAGCAUAAAUGCCCAUCCGAGGUUGUCUCAAGAGCCCAGCUUCGUUGUCCAUCACGGCUCUUAGCAGCGAAAGAGUCUCAGAGUGGAGAAGCACAAUUCUUUUUUUCUAAUGAAUCAAUCGAAGUUCUACAAGGAGCCGUUGAGCGAUCAGGCGUCGAUGGCGUGCUUUGUCUCGGGACUCCUAGACUUUUCGAGGUGUUAAGGAAAAAGAAAGAUAGCAAUCGUCAUUUAUUCCUUCUUGACUACGACGAAAGAUACGCGCGAUUCUUCCCCGCAAGACAGUUCGCUCAGUACAGUAUGCUUGUCGACCACUUCUUUGACAAAAAGGCUUCAAAAAAGCUUGACGCCUUCUUUGCUGAGUGCUCACAAGUUCUGCUCAUAUGUGACCCCCCAUUCGGAGUGUUCCUGGAGCCACUCAUGCAAACUGUAGAGUCUCUUCAACAGCGCUACAAGAAAGCUCGGUAUGUUCAGUUUUUGCUGAAGUAA